UCAAAAGGUUUUCUUUAUCUAAUGCACAACGGAUGAUGUCCUUUGGGUAUUAACUGCAUUCCCCGUCCAAGAGACUAGCGCGUUGUCCGCAACGUCCCCACUCGCUCGGCAAACUUUAGUGCGUCUUAGCGCAAGCUGCAAGGAUAUCUGAGACAUUAAACCCUCCUGGAGAUUUGGGAGGCAGGACCCCCGCGAUAAAGGGGAUAGGGAGGGAAAGGUCGUGUGCCAGAGCGCAGAACUCAAACUUAGUCUUAAUAACACCAUGUCAAAUUGCUGAUAUCGGUUUUACAUCGUAUGCAAAUUAUUCGCUGUCUGAGCACUCAUUCUUCAGCGCAAUUCCCAGACUGGCGCUCUCGAGCCUUAUGAAUUUGCUGCACAUUUACACAGCCCAACGACCACCACGGGAGAGGCAAGAUACCUGGAUAGACAAUGAGGACUGCUGUCUUGUAUGCCGUAUGCAUUUGGAUGUGUUCGCUCGGUUUCUCGAGAGGAACCGGUUUUAUUUACAAGUUCCCUGGUGUGACACUGCAGCGCAUCAACUCUGAACAAAGCGCAGGACUCCCCAGCGCCAACAUACACCGUAGGAACUGGUGCCAGUACACGGUGUCGAAGACGGUGUCCUGCCAGGUGCACAAUGGGACAGAGACACUGCUGCAGAGAGUGUUUCAGAGCUGCCGCUGGCCUGGGCCCUGCAGCAACCACAUCAGUUACAGGACCGUGGUCAGGCCCACCUACAGGGUGGCGUACCGGCAGGUGACUGCGCUGGAGUGGAGGUGCUGCCCGGGGUUUCUUGGAGCGGACUGCAGUGAAGAGUGUAUGAACUGCACUGGCUACGCCGGCAUGAAUGACAGACUGAGCCUCAUUGAGUCAAAGAUUUUACUGCUGGAGGCUGCGGGGCCACCCCCGGCUUCGGUGCCCGUCCUGCCGGAGAGAUCCGCGGACAACGAGGUGGACUCACCCAAACCCACUCCCGUCGGUCCUCCGACCGUCGGCCUACCAGGAGUUAGGGGGCCCCCAGGACCUGUCGGACUUCCAGGGCUUCCUGGGUCAAUCGGGCCCCCUGGACCUUCAGGGGAGUUGGGCCCCAUUGGGAAGCCAGGGCCCAUGGGCCCCAGAGGCCCACAGGGGGAGAGGGGUCUCCCAGGGGAGAUUGGCCAACCAGGGCCUCCAGGACCACCAGGGGUCCCCUCUACCUUUGCCCUCAGGGGGGAUGUCUUUGGAUUGACCACCAAGCAGCAAGACGCAUAUCUUCACCAGAGGCCUUCUCCUGGCCCCCCGGGACCUGCCGGACCCCCAGGCCCCCCUGGUCCUCCAGGGUCAGCUGGGCUCCCAGGUGUCCCGGGAAAAAACGCAGAGCCAGGUGACUCGGGGAAGACUGGAGCCCCGGGGCCUAAAGGAGACACCGGUGAAAGGGGGCCUCCAGGAUUCGUGGGAGAACAAGGCCAGCCAGGUGCACCAGGGCCCAAGGGCGAACCAGGAGACAGCCUACCAGAGGGUGAGGGGGUGCAGCAGUUGAGGGAGGCCUUGAAGAUCCUGGCCGAGAGGGUCCUCAUUCUGGAGCACAUGAUCGGGAUUCACGAAAACCCAUUGGAGCCCGGCUCUGGACUAGAUAUCCUUGCAGACAUCAUCCCCAUGCCCGCCAUAAACAACAAACAGUCAAGGCCUGGUGCCGUCCUCUCUUCCCUUCUCUUGGGAGGCCGUAGCCUGAUUGGAAGGAACCGGGACAGGAGGCAUCCCAAGUAGCCAAUUGCACCACGCUAAGGUGUCUGAGCUGUGGGAGGGGCCAAGGCUAACGCUCAGGGUGCUUUUGAGUCUGGGAUGGAACAGGGUGUUGCUAGCAAAGCAGAGCAGUCUUGCUCUACUUUCAGGUUUCAAGUAUUUUUUCAGUCUGUUCAGCAAGAUGAGUUCUGGUUUUAUCCACGUGUCAGCAGAAACGGCCCUACCUUGAGAGUCUUAAACAUUCUGAGAAAGCAUUUACUCAUAGUAUUUUCAGGUUGUACAUUUUUUUUUCCCACACGUUGCAACUUGCUCUUUACAAUAUCUUUAGCCGUUCACAUAUAGGUUGUGUACUUGCUCUUAUUUAGACACAGGUAUAAGCCCAGUUGACUUAAAUCUCACAGAAAGGCCUUAAACUGCACUUAUUAAAUACCUGUAUGAUAUUAGCUGUUUUCAUAAUAUUACAGGAGAGACAUCCCAGGAGGCCCCAGAGAAAAAACCCACGUUGUGUGUGCUGAGGACCAGACUCCUCCCCCUGAGAGCUUAAAGCAAUGGUGAUGAAUUAUGGUUUAUGAAGUCAACAAGUCCGAGGAGCCAUUUUGGUUUUUUACAAGCAAGGUGAUUGACACCUAGGGCAGGACUUCAUGUGCUUUUAAAAAUGCUGGACAUUUUUAGUGUGUGAAAAAGACAUCCACAGUGCAUGUUUAUGUGAUAGAAGUCCACUCCAUGUUUCAAUUUCAGGAGCAAUAUCCUGUUGUGUCAAUUUAGACGUUAUACAGAUUAGUUGUUAGCGUCCAUUUUCUUCCCUGUGUUUCCCUCCUGUAUGUGUAGUUACUCAGAUAGCUGCUGCUAUUAAAUGUAAGGGCAGGAUUUGUCCCUGAUUCAUUUUUUUUUCUGAAUUGUGUCUUCAAGUUUGCAAUAAAUAAUCUGACUUUUUAAAAACA